CGCUCCAGGGCAUCCAUCCCCACGCUCGAAGAAAACAGAGGCGAGGCAGAGCUCUUUCCUGGCGGCGGCCGACGGCAAGACGACUCGCCCCAAAUCCCCAAAUCAAAUCGUCCCUGGCGGCGGCCGACGGCCACGGCGGGUCCUUGCGGAGGGGGUGGCAGAAGGCGGAGGGCCCGUUCCUUCCGGCGGAGGGGGCGGCGGAAGGCGGAGGGCGCGUUCCUUGCGGCAGCGGCGGCCGUGUCCCUUGCGGCGAUGGUGGCAGCGCGGCUGCGUGGGGGAGGGGACGCAGGAGCGGCCGCGAUAGCAGACAGGCGCCCGCCGCGUGGUCAACGUACCUAGGCUGCUGCAACAGGCGCCUAGGGUUCCUUCUUCCCCAACCAGCUUUGAAGGAGACGCCCAAGCUCGCGAGAUCUCGCUCUCAUAGGCUUCAACCCGAAAAGAUAGAGUAUGGAUAAGAGUUGGAUGAGGUUGCCUGAUAGGUUUUCAAGCGAUUACGUUUCAGGGGUGAAUGCAUUCAUUGAUUUUGCUUGUCAACAUAACAACGGCAAUGAUAAGAUGCGUUGCCCUUGUGAAACUUGUAUGAAUAUAAGUCAGCAGAGUGUUAGUCAAGUUCGAACCCAUUUGUUAUUGUAUGGUAUACAAACUUCGUACACAAAAUGGGUAUUCCAUGGAGAACAAGUUAGCAAUGAUGAAGACCAAGUUGAUGAGUCACUUGAAGAUGAGGAAGAUGUUGAUGAUUUUGAUGGAUUUGAUAUGGUCCAAGAUCUGCUAGGAGAUAUCCAUAGAGCCACGGUUGGGGUUGACGAGCAAGAUAACCAUAAUCCUGCUGGAGGUAGCAUUCCGGAGCCCAAUGAGUCAUCAACCAGAUUUGACGGCUUGCUCAGAAGUGCACAACGUGAGCUGUACCCGGGCUGCAAAGGUCACUCGGUGCUAUCCUUUGUUUUAAAGCUGGUACACCUCAAAGAUCUUAACCAUUGGAGCAACAAAUCUUUUGACAUGUUACUCAAGCUUCAGAAGGAGGCUUUGCCAGCCGGUAACCCGCUUCCAGCCACGUACUACGAAGCAAAGAAGAUGCUGAGAGAUCUAGGGCUAGGUUAUGAAAGUAUUGAUGCUUGCAAAAAUGAUUGUGUUCUAUUCUGGAAGGAGCAUGAGGACAAGGACGAGUGCCCAGUUUGCAAGGAAUCGAGGUGGAAGACACAAAAGGGCAAGGGGAAGCGAGUACCUCAGAAAGUGUUGCGCUACUUUCCCUUAAUCCCUAGAUUACAACGGCUGUUCAUGAACAAGGAAAUAGCUUCAGAUUUGCGUUAUCAUAGGGAUAAGAGAGUUGUCGAACCAAAUGUGUUGAGGGGUCCUCCGGAUGGCGAUGCUUGGAAACAUAUGGAUAAGAAAUAUCCCUGGCUGGAUGAAGACCCUCGCCAUUUGCGGCUCGGGGUUGGCACCGAUGGUUUCAAUCCAUUUGGAAUUAUGAGUAGCUCAUAUAGUGUGUGGCCUGUCAUUGUAGUUGUGUAUAACUUGCCUCCAUGGAGAAGCAUGAAAGAGCCCUUCCUGCUCAUGACAUUAUUGAUCCCUGGGAAGAAGUCACCAGGAAGGGACAUUGAUGUGUAUUUGAGGCCACUGGUAGAAGAACUAAAGCAAUUAUUUAAUCCAGGAGUUGUUACUUUCGACGCUGUUGAAGGAGGUACUUUCAAUAUGCGUGCAGUAUUGCUAUGGACUAUUCACGACCUUCCAGCACUAGCUUCAAAGUUAGAUCAUCUCCAGGGCUUCAAAUACGGAAAACAUCCUGGAAAUAAGAAAAAGAAGGCAUCUUCAAAGGACAUGCCAGGGAAAAAUUUCACAAAGAUGAGCAUCUUGUUUGAGCUACCAUAUUGGAAGGAUCUGAAAUUGCCACACAAUCUUGAUGUCAUGCACAUUGAAAAGAACAUUUGUGAGAGCUUAUUUGGGACUUUAUUAAACAUAGAUGGCAAGUCCAAGGACACACUUAAGACCCGCAAGGACUUAGAAGACAUGAAUAUCAGAGCAGAUCUACACUUGAAUGAUACGGGAAGUAGCAUAGAAAAGCAUCAUGCAUGGUACACAUUAACCAGAGAUGAGAAACUUGAGUUUCUGCAAUUUCUAGAAUCUAUUUGCUUCCCAGAUGGAUUUGCUGCAAAUAUAUCAAAAGGUAUAAGUAAAGAUGGGAAAAUAACUGGGCUGAAGACACACGACUACCAUAUUCUUCUUCAGAGAAUACUCCCGAUUGGAAUGCGAGGAUUUCUGCACAAAGAUAUCUGUGAUGCACUUCUGCAGCUUGGUAGUUUUUUCCGCCAAUUAUGCUCCAAGACAUUGAAGCUGGAUAUCUUGGAUAAGUUGGAACAACAAAUAGUAAUUGUAUUGUGCAAACUAGAAAUGAUUCUCCCACCUGCAUUCUUUGAUAUUAGCGUGCACUUAGCAGUGCAUCUACCACAGCAAGCAAGGCUUGGAGGUCCUGUACAAUACAGAUGGAUGUUCUUCAUUGAAAGGUUCCUUGGUACUUUGAAAGGCAUGGUGAGCAAUAGGGCACACCCAGAGGGUUCAAUUGCUGAAGCUUAUGUUAUGAAGGAGUGCUCAACAUGCUGCUCCAUGUAUCUACAUGGAAUUGAGACAAGGUUCAAUAGACAAGAGCGGAAUUUUGAUGGGGAGAGACAACCACUUGAUCGUUUCUCGUUAGAAACUCAUCCCUCGACAUUUCUUUCUAGUGAGCAUGAGGAUGCCCUACUGGCUGAAGGUGCGGAUAAUAUUGAAAAUAGGCAACAUGAACAGUUUGGUUCAUGGCUGCGCCAAAGAGUGAUCAAUCUGCGCAACCAAGGAGCAUCCCUAGUGUCUGACUGUUUGUAUGCGUUGGCAAUUGGACCGCAUAAGAGAGUACACAAAUUCUUAGGAUGCAUUGUUGGUGGUGUUAGAUUCUUGACAAAGGAGCGUGAAGAUGGUCGUAAAAGUCAGAAUAGUGGUGUGUGCACAGAGGGCCAACAUAAGGGGCAAAAUAUCACAUAUUAUGGUAUUCUUAAAAAUAUAUAUGUCCUGAAUUACCCCAAUGAUCGACAUGUUGCUUUAUUUGAGUGUGAAUGGUAUGAUUUAGAGAGUAACAAGCCUGUGAGGAUCGAUGACGACUUUGUUAGUGUUAAUAUAGGAAGCAAGUGGUACCAAGAUGACUCCUUUGUACUAGCUAGUCAAGUGAGCCAAGUCUUCUAUGUACGUGAUACAAAAUUGAAGGGAGAUUGGCUAGUUGUGCAGAAGGCUCCGCAUCGCCAUCUUUUCGAUCCAGAGGUUUGGAAUCAAGUCAAUGAAGAUGAUGCUAGCGAAGAUAUUGCAUUUCAAGAGGAGGAAGCUACCAAUGUUUCCAUCGAUGAAACUUUUGAAGGCAAUGUCUCGUGUCGACAUGAUGUUGCACCAGAAAUUGUUACUGAUCCAAAAGAGUUGGCAUCUUUGAAGGAGAGCCAUGUCUCUCAGGAUAAUUUUGAAGAGGAACCAGAAUGGGACCUGGACGAACAGUUCGCCCACCAAGGAAUGCCCCACAAUCUCAAGGUCAACAUUCUGGGACUUAAGUUCAAUCUUGAUUUCACCCAAGAUCAUAUCAAAGGCUGUGUGGAUCUGCUAUUCUCUUCAAGCUACAAAAGUUUCCGUCACAAGUGUUAUGAACAUUAUGUAAAAUCUGGUGAUGAUGCUAGAAGCAAUCCAUAUCCUCCCCUUAUUGAUAAUAGAGUUGGAGACUGGAUUUGUCUCUGUGAUCAUUUUGAAACAGAAGAAUUUAAGAAACGGUCCACAAUUGGGAAGGCUAACCGCUCAAACCUACCUUAUGUUCACAAGAAGGGAACAAAGUCAUUUGUAGCGGUUCAACAUGAAUUAAAUUGUGGCGAUAUCAGACUAUACAAGGAGUGUUACUCUAGUGAUAAGAAGGGAUGGGCAUCAGAAGAUGCCAGGAAUAAACAUGAAGAAAUGUUGCAGAAGCAAAAGGAACCCAUAGAGGAGGGUGAAGUACCUUUAACAGAGCAACAGAUUUGCGAGCAUGUGCUUGGUAAGGCAUAUGGUUACAUCAGAGGUCGGGGUCAUGGACCAAAACCAAAUAGAAGGGCUUACUCAAGCGCAUCAAGCUCAACUCAGCAUGUAGUGGAAGAAUUGGCCUCUACAAAGGAGAUUGUUGCUACACAACAAACUCAAAUUGAGGCUCAACAAUCUCAACUUGAAGCUCAACAGAAGAAGAUCGAUUGGCUACAAAAUGUCGUGUCUAACUUGGUUGGCAUUUCACCUCCUAUGGACGGCACUACUGCAACAAGGCUAGGUUUCACAACUGAGCGGCCAAUGCCAUCUGACGGAAUAGGUUCGCUGAUGUCUAACACUGUACAAAGGAUGUCAAGUUUUCCAAGAUCAUUUGCAAGUCAUUUGAGGCCAGGAUAUAGACCUACUCCAACUUCUUCUGAUGGAAAUGGCUCUCUGGUGUCGGAUGGAGGGUCUAGGUAUUCAUGAUCAGUGCUACCUUCAUUUUAUGUUGGAGAUGACCUUGGAGGAGCAGCGGAAAGCAAUACUCGAGCUAAAGACCGAGAAGAGAAAACUAUUGCCUCUGCAUUUCUUGCACAUCUAGUAGACUAUGUUGGAUCUAAAGAAAAUUCAGUGUACAAAUGCUAAAUGUAAUGUUUGGAUCAUAUUGGGGUUUACUGAUUGGAUCAUAUGUUCAGAUCAGUACUAAAGAUGGUACUGUACUUUGCAAAUGCUAGAGUGGUAUUUCCUACUUGCGAAACAAAAUUCAGAUUAGCAUGUAAUGUUUGGAUCUUAAGUGUACAAAUGUUGAUUAUGAACUUCUUAUUGUCAAAUGUCUAAAAUUCUGAGAUUUCUUGCA